AUGGCUGUGACAGAUGAAAGCUUACAUCGCGCAACUGAGGCCUUGAUUCUCCCCAAGCCGAGAACGUACUAUCGUGCCAACAUCCACACCCGGUAUGUCGAACCAGGUCAACGAACUCAUCUUUCUGAUGGCCAGUAUUCCAGUCAUUGGCAAUUGCGAUCCUUGAUUAGCUCGCCGGAACAGGAUGUUAUCUACUAUCCUAGCGGCCGCGAUAUUUACGCCUUAUACACAAAGACCAAGGAGCGGGAACUCAUAACGAGGCUUCCAUUCUCUCCACGAUGUGUCACGACAGAGAGAGGAUGGCUAUGUUGCGGGGGAGAGAAUGGGAACUACACUGCUAUUUCUCUCAGUGAUGGGAACACGGAUCUUGACUUCUCCAUAAGUCUGGAUGUCGACCCCGACGCGCGACUUCCUCUGAACUUGGAUCCUUCUUCGAGAUCAACACCCAGAGAUACGCCCUCAGGAUCGCGACGUUCUCGUGGUUUUAACCACCCAUUGUGUGCGAAUGAUAAGACUAUCGGGAAAGAAAUCAACAACUGCAUAACACUGUGGUUUCCCACCGAGGCUGCAUCUGAGCGGACGUAUAAUAUACCUGUGGCGGUCGUGUCGAACAACGACAGAACCGUCUCCGUGCUGAAUCUUGAAGAUUCAGAAGUUUUAGACAAGCUGAGUUACCCUGACUGUGUGAACCGCGCUGUAAUGUCUCCAGAUGGCGAAUUACUGGUUGCGAUCUUGGACGACCCUUUCCUCUACAUCCACCAGAGAAAACCGAAAUCGGAAUCAUCCGACGGGGACAUAGAUCCCAAGCAAGGUUACGAAUGGGCUCCAGCUUGCCGAAUACAGUUGGAGAGUCAGAGCCAGUCUGACCAAACCAAUCUACGCGGAAGCUUUGCUGCAUCAUUUUCAAAAUCCGGUAAAUACCUAGCCGUCGGCACACAGUAUGGGGUAAUAUCGGUUUUUGAUACCGAGACUAUCACAUUGGAGGACUCCGAACCCUUGGUAGUAUUCACAACAUCAAGGCCCAUGCAGAGCAGUGGGGCUGUCCGGGCAAUGGAAUUCUCACCAGGACCAUUUGAUCUGCUGGCUUGGACUGAAGCAAGUGGCCGAGCCGGCGUUGCUGAUUUGCGUGAUCUUUUCCUCUCACGGCAGCUUAUUACGGUUGACUGUCGGCUUGAUGAUAUGGAAAAGGUGAUCGUAUCAGAGAGAUCCGGGGAUCCUGUAAUUGACCCGAGACUUCGAAGUCAUCGAACCGAUUCUCCGAGUAGUACGACUCCUGACUACCUGGGAUUGGAUUUCGAUCGACGGCAACUAAGACAUCUGACGCAGGAAAUGCUGGAUAGACAUCACUCGCCCUUGACGGCUGAAGAGAUGGAGGUCUUGCAGGCACAUCGUGUCGCUCGUCGACAACGUGAUGCCUUGGCAGAGGGAUCUAGUACGCUCAGCACUUCUACAUGGAGUCGUUGGGCAAAUGGACCAAGACUGACAACUAACACAGGCACUCCGCCAAAUGGAGAGGGAAGCAGUAGUACAGACCAUCGUGUCUCCGUAACUGGAUUACCCGUAGCCUUACGGGAAUUUGUGAAUCCCGAUCGUACUGCAGCUUCCAUCCGGACAUUCAUCAAUGAACGGAAUCAGGACCGCGAAAGACGCGGGCAGCAACCACAAGAGCCAAGAAGGCGAAGUUCAAUCAUCUUAGCAGCCGCCGAACAAGCACUCGAGAGGGAGACGCUCGGCUCAAACAACGACACGCCAAACGCCAACGACACACCCAACAACGACACAUCCAAUGGCCUCGAACGGCUAACCCUCACCCCACCCCCUCCCCACAGCCCCUGGGCCGAUAUCGACUCCUUCUACCGCGCGCGCCUCCCCGCCGACCCAUCCGCCGACCGCUCCACGCGCGUCCGCAUCGAGCUCGAAGGCGACGACCGCCGUGACUUCGCGCACCGCCUCCGGCAGCCCUGGCGCGGCCUGGAGGAUCUCGGCUUUGGCUACGACGAGAACGUGGUCCUCCGCGGUGUCCUACGCACCGGCCCGGCUAAUACCAUGGGUUGUUGCUGGAGUCCUGAUGGGAGGAUGUUAUACGUCGGCGCGGAAGACGGGAUCUAUGAAUACCACGUGAACAUAGCGGGGCGGAAAAAAUUCCCUAGUAUCGUUUUACGAUGA